AUGCUGUUAUGUGAACAAAUAACUCUCCUCGUUCCGGCACUGUCUUGUGGAUUUAUAACAAUUGGUGCUGCCAGUAGGAUCAAGUUUCCACGACCUGCAGCUUUUGAGGAUUGUAAGGUGAAGACUCUCCUGGAGGAGUUCGAGAAAUUCACCGAUUUGGUGGGGAUACGGACGGACCGGGGUAAGUUGACAGCCUUCCGAGCGCUUCCCAAGAACCGUGCACUUACGAUUUUGAAGGUUGCUCGAAGAAUUCCGGAGAAGAUUGAUUCGGUCGCUGCGAAGGAUACCCUAGUCUCGAACCUCGACAUCUCGGCCGACCAUCAGGAGGCGUUUCGUUUUUUCAGGACAACGCAACCACGAGUUGACGUGGACCCCUAUAGCAUGUCAUGA